AUGACAGGGCAGCAGCAGCACUCCCAGAAGCAUUCCCAGCAAAACUCCCAUCAGCCUUAUCCCAAACCAUCCGAGGGCACACACCGCUCACUCAAAAACGACAAGCCAGUCUGGGAGAGCUGGAAGUCAAUACACCCACGCAAUAGAUUGAUGAUAGCUUCCUCUGUCUUUGUUUUCUCUGCUAUCGGCUUAUACGUAUCAGAACAGCUUGAGGACAAGUACCCCGCAAUUAAUUUGGCUAUCCUCCCAUCCGUCUUCCCAACUAUGACUUCACCGUUGGUACCUUCUUACACGCCUAAAGAUUACGGCAGCUUCUUCCUUUCCGGUGCCACGUGCUGCACACUUUCUCAUGGUUUCUUCACCCCUUUUGACGUCAUCAAGACUCGGAUUCAAGUGGACAGUGCUUUUAGAGGAGCAAAUCUACUCAGUGGAGCGAAGCAGAUAGCAUCCAAAGAGGGCCCCUCAACAUUGCUCACUGGCUUUGGACCAACCGCGGUUGGAUACUUCUUCCAGGGUGGUCUCAAGUUCGGUUUCUAUGAAUACUUCAAGCGUCUUUCUGUCCUCAGCGUUGGCUCCCAUCAGGAGGCUGUUAGAAAUAGAACAAUGAUUUAUUUGACGUCAGCAGCAAGCGCAGAGCUCGUUGCUGACGUUGCUUUGGCUCCCUUGGAGGCAACGAGAAUAAGACUGGUUUCGGAUAAGAACUUUGGAGCUAAAGGAAUGGUUGAUGGAUUCUUGAAACUCGCACGUGAAGGUGGAUUCAAGGUUUUAUACGCCGGUUUCGUACCGCUUAUCUUCAAGCAAGUGCCAUACGCUGUUGGGCAGUUCAUGACAAAUGAAUUCGCUCACAACAUGGUUAAUAGAAGUUUGAGCUCAGAAACUAGAAAGCAAAUCAGCAAUAACAAGGGUGCUGAGUUGACCUUGACAUUGGGUUGUGGAUUGGCGGCUGGUGUAGCAGCUGCGGUAUUGAGUCAUCCCGGUGACACGCUGAUGAGUAAAAUAAGUGGUAGUUCAGAUAAAAAUCGUUCAGCGACUUCGCAACUCAUCCAAAUUGCUAAAAAGACGGGCUUCACUGGUUUAUGGCAGGGUCUUGGAGCUAGGACUUGGAUGACGGCUGGAUUGGUUAGCAGUCAGUUUUUCAUGUACAAGGCUAUCAAAGAUGCUAUAGGUGCGCCGCCUGGAGUUGAAAUCGAUGCGUGA